AUGUCAUGCCGUGCAAAGAGCAACGUUCUCAAAAAUGAAUAUUACCUUCUUAGAGCAUAUGAAGACAGUGGAUUCUGUUUUUGCAUGGCUAUCAAUAUGCCAGAAAGCUUAGGUAAUUUGGUUGUGUUGUCAAGGACAAUGGAUUCUGCUUCAUUGGUCAUGCCAUGUGAGAAGGAGUACGCGGGAAUAGCAGAUGGAUUAGUUUUAGCAAUUGUGGAUUUCGUUGAGGAACUCAGAGACGAAGAUUGUGUAAGCGGAGAAAGUUGA